GAAUCCAAUAUGUCUGCGCCCAUGUGUCUUUUUAUGUAAACAUUGAGAUAUUUUUUCUGUUCAUUAUAUUUUAUGGUGAUACGUGCGACUCUGGGAGUGGAGGUAUUUACGUUGUGUAUUUUUAUAGGUUAACUAUUGCAUCAUUUUGAUUAGGAUGUCGAAGUCUUUAGAUUAUGAUAAUAAACUUAUCUUGGCACCAAUGGUAAGAAUCAACCACCUGCCAACACGGUUAUUAGCACUAGAAUAUGGGGCUGAUAUUGUUUAUUCUGAAGAAAUAAUUGAUUUUAAAAUUUUAACUUCAAGACGCAGAGAAAAUGAAAUACUUGGUACUGUUGAUUACGAGUUACCAGAUGGAACGGUCAUAUUUAGAACAUGUCCAAAAGAAGAAGGAAGACUUGUUUUUCAACUGGGAACAGCUGAUGCAAAGAGAGCCUUAAAAGCAGCACAAAAAUUAGAAAAUGAUAUUACAGUUUUAGAUGUUAAUAUGGGAUGUCCACAACCAUUUUCGUUACAGGGUGGUAUGGGAGCAGCUUUAUUAACAAAACCUGAAAAAGUUCAUGAUAUUUUAAGUACGUUAGUCAAAGGAUUAAAAAUUCCAGUUUCUUGUAAAAUACGCAUUCUCCCUAAGUUAGAAGAUACUAUAAAACUGGUUAAACUAAUAGAAAGUACUGGAGUAUGUGCUAUAGCUGUACAUGGUAGAACUAUAGAUGAACGACCACGUCAUGCAAACCAAAAUCAUAUUAUAAAAGCCAUAAAACAGGCUGUUAAAAUACCUGUUAUUGCAAAUGGUGGUUCUAAAGAAAUUCUAUGUUAUGAAGAUAUAGCUAAGUUUAAAGAAGAAACUGGUGCUGAUUCUGUUAUGAUAGCUCGAGCUGCUGAAUGGAAUCCAUCUAUAUUUAGAAAAGAAGGGAAAUUACCUAUUGUAGAUGUCAUCAAACAACAUGUUAGAUAUGCCUUAAAGUACGAUAUAAAUGCUAUCAGUGCCAAAUACUGUAUACUACAAAUUAUGCACACUUCAAUGGACAUGGCUGAAGGUCAACCAAUGUUAGAUUGUAAACAUAUGGUGGAAAUCUGUGAUAUAUGGAAAAUGGAAGAUGAAUUUAAAGCAACUCAGGAAUUACUAACGAAAAAGAGAGAGGAGGAAAUGGAGGAAGAAAGUCAUAGAAAUAAUAUGGUGGCAAAAAGAUUAAAAUCGGAGGAUGGAUCAAUUUUAAUACGACUUCCUGUUAGAUUUACUAAAGCCAACUAUCCAACUGAUAUGUCACCAAAACAGCACUUACAUGUUAGAUGUAUGAAAAACCAUGAAAAGGCUCCACCAUAUAAAACCAUACAAAGAGAAAGUGAUCGACGUUUCAAUAGUGUUCUUACAUUUCAAGGUAGAAAAUAUACAACUCCAUAUUGGGAAAAGUCGAAACAGUUAGCAGAACAAGGAGCAGCUAUAGCGUGUUUAAUAUCUUUAGGACUGGAUGACGGAAGAGUCAAUAAUAUAGAAGCAGAAGACGAUGAACUGCGACGAAAAUGGAAAGAAUUAGUUUCUGAUCAAAAUCAUAAUAGUGAUAUUAAAAAUGACACUUGUAACGAAAUUAAAAACAAUUUAGAAAAGACCAAUGACAGUUCUAAAAGCGUGAAACCUGAAACAGCUGAAAAUGUGACAUGAUAGUUGCCAACACUAUUUUUAUACGCCCACAUUGAAAUGUGGUCGUAUAUUGUCGUCGCCCCCGUCCGUCCGGCAGUCCGGCGUCCACAAUUGCUUAUGGACGCUCUAGAGGCUAACGUUAAUAUCUGAUCGACUUUAAAUUUAUACACAGUGUUUAAGGUCUUGAGACGAAGAAGCCUAUUGAUUUUCAGCAAUUUCCGAUAAUUACUGCCAGAGUUAUGGCCCUUGAUCACUUUGAAAAAUCUUGUGGCGCUCUAAAGGCUAAAGUUAUCAUCCGCUUGACUUCAGAUUGAUACACAGAGUUUAAGAUCUUGAGACGAACAAGUAUAUUGAAUUUCAAUGAAUUUUUUGACUUGAACAGUUAAAUCCAUGAUAUUAAAAGCUUUGUAUACAAAAUGUUAGCAUGGGGCAGAACUUUAUAAAAACCAAACAAAUUCUAAUAGUUUUCUGAUAAUUACUUCGUGAGUUGUUGCCCUUAAUCAGAUUUUAGUGUAUUAUAAAUGUUUCAUUACCGAAAAAAGUAAAAAUAUGCGACAACUCUUGUUGACUGCCCAGAAGAUUUAGCUGCUGUGGGCGUAUGUUUCGUUGCCUGGCAACCUAUUUUUUAAUUAUGCAAAAGACAGUUUUAUUGAUAAAUAUGAGAUUUUACCAACUAAAGAAGGAAUAUAUAUUAAAUUAUUUUAACCAGAAAUAAAAUGAAACGGGUUUUAAUGUCUUACUCUUCUUCAUCAAGCAGGCUAUUUCAAUCUGAUUAAAA